AUGCAGAGGGCAGCUGAAGAAAUGGAGCAGAUAUUGUUUUGGGAAAAUGAACUCAAGGCAGAAGCAGACCAUGAGAAGGAAUUGCAAAGAGAGUUCUUGGAGAUCAAAGCCGAUGUGGCUGAGUGCAAGGCAAAAAUUCAAGGAUUAGAUUUUGGUCAAGACAAUCCAAAUCGAGAUGAGCAAGAAUCAGAAAAGGCACUGAAUCAAGCUGGAGGGGUGUGUGGUCAAGCUGCUUCAAGGGCCCAGAGGGAAGGAGAAGGCGGGCCCCCUCACGCUCUGGUGGCCCCGUCUCAGAUCAAGGAGAGGAGGCUCACAGGACCCAAGGAGCUGAGGGAGUGGUGGGCACGCUGGUCACAAGCUCAGAAGACUCAAAAUAAAGUCAUUCACCGAUCCGAGCUGACCAUCUAUCUGCGCAGUACCAAGGUGUAA